GAGAGAUGAGUUAUUGUAAAUAAACUCCGCCCAUAUGACGAGAUUUAUAAUGAUUUCUAAAGGGCGUGUUGAACGUCAUUGGUCCAGUAAGGAUGCGCUAUUUCACAUGUCUGGAGACUGGGAAAACGAGACAGAGCUUGCAUUUAUCAAUUUACUCUAGUCAAUGUGACAUCUAUUUGUGAGUUCAACAGCUUUAAUACAAUCCUCUAAAAAUGGAUUUUUUACAAUGCGGAAUGUAUUCCAUGGCUGAUUCCACACUUCCAGAUCAUGAUCAUGGUCGAAUUUCAAUGUCAAAAAAAAGUCGCGAUAAAAAUGUAGUCCCUGGGAUGGCCACAUUAACAAGAGAAGAACGAAGGAGAAGGAGAAGAGCUACACAAAAAUACAGAAUGGCCCAUGCAACUCGUGAAAGAGUUAGGGUAGAGGCAUUUAAUGUGGCUUUUGGCGAGUUACGUAAACUUUUGCCAACAAUUCCACCAGAUAAAAAACUAUCGAAAAUAGAAAUUCUUAGGCUAGCUAUAUGUUACAUUAUGUAUUUAAACCAAUUCUUGGAAACUUAGUGAAAUUGACCAUUAUUUUUCUCGUAUUUCUAUGAAUUUUGUGUUUUUGUUAUGUACUUAUUUUUUUCCACCGGAAAAUUAAAAAUUAUUUAUAAAAUAGUGUACUAUACUUAUUUGUAUUUCGAUGCGAAAAUAAUAAAUUUGUUAUUAUUAUUAUUAUUAAAUUAUUGUUUAUUUAUCAAAAUUCAACUUUGAAAGUCAAUAAAAUACUUUCUCACAAAUAUAAACAUUUUCUAAUAAUCAGUUGACCCGAACAAAAGUAUUAACUUAUCAAAAAUUCAUCAAAUUAUGGUUGAAUAGAUAGAAACUAUUUUAAAAUACUAGAAAGUCUUAUAUAGCUAUAAACGUCAAGUUAAUAUUUUAAAGUAACAAAUAAAUUAUCAACGUAGUAAAACACACUUAUAGAUGACUAAAUGACAACUAAUUUUAAGAAAAUCAUGAAGAAAAU